CGUCAUAUAUUUCUCUGUAUAAAUACUUGUAAUUAAUUAUUGUAAUCAUACUCGUAGUUCGUGUUGCAACAAGUAACAAGCAGCAAUCAAAAAUGAAAUCGAUGCUCAUCUUCGCUUCAAUGGUGGCCCUGGCCAUCGCCAGCCCCACUCGUGGUAUCAUCACUCCUGGUCCAGCUGGUCCCAUUCCAAUGCCAGAAGUCCCAGAUUACGAACCUAUUGUCGUUGGGCCAGCGAUUGUACUCGAACAGCCUCAGGCUGCUCCCGCCUCUCCGCUUGUGCAGAUCAUCUUGAACAUUAACACUGCGAAUGCUGCUUCUCCUGGUGAUGUUAUCGAAGUUGCUCCAGCCCCGGUGCCCAUCCCUGCUCCGGAGCCACUCCCUGUGCUCCCCGCCCCCGUCCCUGUCCCCGCUCCUGAACCUCUUCCAGUGCACCCUGUUCCUGUUCCGGUGCCUGCUCCUGAGCCACUCCCAGUGCAGCCUGUUCCCGUGCCUGCCCCUGCACCUGCACCGGUCCCCGUGGUCCCUGCCCCAGUUCCCGCGCCCGCUCCUUACCCAGACCCAGCUGUCAUCGGCACCCCCGUACUACCCAGCCCAGUCGUCGUCCUGCCUGAAUCUCUCAACUAAUUUAAGAUGAACUGCGGAGCAGCACUAAUGUAAAUAAAGCAUUUUAAACAUAA